UAAUGUCAAACAAUCAUUCACAAGUAGAUGGCACUCUUGUCUUAAAAUCAAAACAGUUGCAACAACUUUGCGCUAUUGUUAGACAAACACUUUUCCUUUUAUUAAAUAUUCUGAAAACGGUUUGUAAGGGUGAUUUUUUAUCAGAUAAAUACAGAUAAUAACAUCGCUGCCAUGACUGCCGAAGUUACGGAAAUCCAUACUGACUCUGCUUCUGCUACUAAUGAAUCAAAAACUGCAGAAGUACGUAUCGAAGAUGAUGCUAGCGAUUGUGGAUCCGAGGAUAGCAUUCCGGAGCUAGAAGAUGCUGCUGCAGGAACUACGCAGUUGGGAGGGGGUGCUACUGGUCUUCCUGUUGACUUGGUUUCAAAAGCCAAACAAUCGCGCGGUGAAAAAAAAGCUCGAAAAAUUAUGCUUAAACUAGGCUUAAAGCAAAUUCAAGGAGUUAAUCGCGUAACAAUUCGCAAGUCAAAGAAUAUUCUUUUUGUAAUCAACAACCCUGAUGUGUACAAAAAUCCACACAGCGAUACAUAUAUUGUAUUCGGUGAGGCAAAGAUUGAAGAUUUAUCACAACAGGCUCAAGUUGCAGCUGCUGAAAAAUUCAAAGCACCGGAAGCGGCAAGUAUUGCAGAGACUUUGGGUACAACUUCAUCAGUAGCGCCUAUUGCAGAGGAGGAUGAAGAAGAAGUAGAUGAGACCGGUGUCGAUGAGAAAGACAUUGAGCUGGUAAUCACUCAAGCCAAUACUACACGUGCAAAGGCUAUACGAGCUCUUAAGAAACAUAAUAAUGACAUUGUUAACGCAAUUAUGGAAUUAACGAUGAUUUAAGCGCGCGUAUAUGAGAAACAACUGCGUUCCAAUCGAGAGAAAAGAGUACCCGCCUUAAGAUAUUUGAAAAUUUAACAUACCACAAAUAAGCAUCUACGACUAGACAAAGCCAAGUAAAUUAAAUGAACGAAUUAUGUUUCGUUCCAGUCGUUAAGCUAACAACAGUUUCAGUUUUGUAUUCAUUUGUAUUGCUGUAAUGUCGAGUCAUAAUAAAUUGAAUGCAAUACACAGAUAUAUAAAAAUAAAAAUAUAAAUCGUCAAAUCAUUA